UGCCAAGGUUGAGAAACACUGACUUUAGGUUUACAAGCGAAGAUGACAAGCAAUGAUGCUCUCUUCAGUGACUGUUUUAGUGACUGGCCAGCUGGCUGGAGAUUGUUGCAGUUGUAGUGCAUCACAUCUGAAAGGGGCUAAGUUGGAGGAGGCUGCUCUAGCAUCUGAUGACUACCCAGGGAUUGAGAGUUCAUCUCUCUGUUUAAAAUGUCAAAAUAUUUCACCAACAUUUUGCUGCGAUAGGGAAACCAAACUCCUGACUGCAUCUGUUAUAAAUCUGCAUUUAUAAGACACAACUCAAAAGGAAAAAGAGAUUUGGAGGGAGGAGAAGAAAAGGAAAACAAAAAAGGGCCAGUUCUCAGUUACAAAGGCUUUACAAAUGUUUUUUUAUUAGGGCUUGGCAAGGCAGUUCUUCUCCGCUCAAUGAAUGGGGCCAGGUUAGUCCUUGUUUUUGCUGUGUGAUGAUUUUCUGAGAAGGCACAGGAAGCUGCCUCCCCACAGUAACCAGGCUGAUUGUGGAAGUUAAAAUAUUUAUCUCUUCAGCUCUGUAGCUAAUUGAACUGUACUAAAGAGAUGUGUUUAAACAAAGGUGUACUUGGCAAGGAAGUUCUGUUGUGGAACAAAUGCAAUAAUUAUCAAAGUCGUUUGGGAAAACAUUGAGGAGUUCAUUUUCAAUAUGAGGCAGAAUCUAAAGUGAUCAGGACAGGCUAAACAAAGUUGGCAUUCAUAAAAACAGUGACCUCUGGUUUCUUCAGCAGCAAAGGGAGUGUGUACAUUGGGGGAUGCCUCACGUUGGAAACUAAAGUACUGAAGAUGAAAAGGUGUUUCGAAGGUAUCGGGCUGCGAUGCUUUCUUAAGCUCUAGGCCAUACCUCUUCAUUGGUUAGCCUUCAUCAACCAAUGUGAUGGCAAGAGAAGCAGCAUAGGUAAGAAAACCAAGGUAAGAGGAACAUGUUUUGGAGUGGUGUGGGAGAGGCAGCCCAUCUAGUGAGUCAUCAGGGUUCCACCUAAGUCCCACAGAAGGUUUGUGCACUGUUGCAAAUGCAAAAGCUUCUUUUAAAAUCAAACUGAAACCUCAAAAUCUCAGAGAACCCACAUUCAAUAUCAGUGCAAACAACUGCCUAAAGCUGUCUGUAUUCUAGCUACCUUUCCUCCAAUCCUUCAUGUAUUCCAAAAUUCCCUAGUAUCAUAUCACUGUCCCUUCGUUAAAAGUGGCACAGGAAUUUUAAGGAUAGUAAAUUGCCCUGCUCAGGAAAGAAUGUGACCAGGAUUAAAAGAAACUUAAACACUGAUUCCCUGUACUGAGUAGUUAAGCCUCUUAAGGUCAAGAAUUGAAGACGCAUGAGGUGAAAAUAUUAGUCCCACUGGGUCUUAGAAGGGUCACAAAGCAGUAAUAGGGCAAUGAUGAUUAGCUGAAGUAGUUCACUUGGAGUUGCUGCAGUCUCGAUUUUUAGGCUUUUAUCACAAUAGAGCUGGGUGACUUCAUCGUAAAUGUGAAAAUCAUUAAUAUUAACAGACCAUAAUGGCAUUGGGUAGGGAGAAUAAAAUCUUUACAUCUCCAAGGAGUUUUAAGAAGCCAAAGUCACUAGUCCUUGUAGAUGCAAAUACUUUAAAGUAUUCUAAUCCCUCAGAGACUAAAGGUUAUUAAAAAGAAUGCAUAAGUAGCAAAUUCCAGAAGUUGUCACCAUUCCUUCCUUUCCCCAUGAACCAAGAGCAGAAGAAAAAAAAAAAAAGGCAUGUCAAAGAUAGAGUUUCAGUUAUUUCUAAGCUUAGUCAUACACUCUUUGCUUUGGUUAGGGCCAAAUAGCGGUACCAUCUAUUUGUGCAUGAAAAGGAACUUCUGCUAUGGAGGCACCUGCCUAUGUACUCAGCAUCUUCAUCCUUUGCCUGCUGUUUCUGGCACCUCAGAACAUCUGCAAUUAGUUCCUGGUUCAGGUAGGAAGGGGAAGGUGCACCAAAGUUGGAACCAAAAAUAAGCAGAAAUCAUUUUGAAUACUGUUCUGCCAUUAACGGAAAGACAUUUAGUUCUUGUAUUUGCUGGAAGUGGCAUGUUAACAGCCAUCUGCAGCUAGGAAGCCCUCCAGAUAUGUGGAUGUCAAUUCCUAGAAUUCUCAGGAAUGGCUCUGUUGGCUGGGGAAUUCUGGGAGUUGGUCCACAUAAGGAUAGCCCUCAUGGGCAUGGGUUGCAUUAGGAGAAGGGCAAGGAAUGUAUACAGUAAAGUUGGCUUUCCAUUAACCAAACCUCUUUUUGUUGCAGGAUGGGCCAAUGGCGGCCACACAAAGCCAAAAGUACCUCCUGGUCUUUGACUUUGAUGAGACCAUUGUAAAUGAGAAUAGUGAUGAUUCUGUCAUCCAGGCUGCUCCUGAGAAAAAACUUCCGGAGUCCAUACGCCAAACCUUCCAGGAAGGUUUCUACAAUGAGUACAUGCAACGGGUUUUGAAAUACCUGGGGGAUCAAGGGGUAAAGAUGACUGACUUCAAAGCAGUCUAUGAAAAGAUUCCCUUUUCUCCUGGCAUGCAGGAGCUCCUCCAGUUUCUCUCUAAGCAACAGAACCACUUUGAGAUCAUCCUCAUCUCUGAUGCCAACAUGUUCGGCAUUGAAUGUGCCUUGAAGGCUGCUGGGGCUUAUUUCCUCUUCCGUAAAAUCUUCAGUAAUCCUUCUAGUUUUGACAAGAGGGGCUACUUCACCUUGGGCCCUUACCAUUCACACAAUUGUCCACGGUGCCCUUCCAAUAUGUGCAAACAGAAGAUCCUGACUGAAUACCUGGAAGAAAGGGCUCAGGAGGGAACCAAGUUUGAGAGAGUCUUCUAUGUGGGUGAUGGAGCCAAUGACUUCUGCCCUUCCAUGGCAAUGAAGUCCAGCGAUGUUGCCUUCCCAAGGAAAGGCUAUCCCAUGCAUCAGCUCAUUCAGGAGAUAGAGAAAAACCAACCUGGGGCCUACCAGGCUACUGUAGUCCCUUGGAAUUCCGCCAUAGAGGUUUGUUCUCACCUUCAAGAAGUUCUCAAGAAAAAAUGCUGAGGGAAAGAACUUGGCAGAAGCAGCAGCUCUUCUUGAUUUACCUGGCCUACAGUGUAGAAAGAUCUCAGUGAAUUCCCUUGCACUGUCUCAUGCUUGGCUUCUGCUCUGGGUUUUUUCUCCCUCUCUCAUUGUGCAUGUUCUGUCUCUGGAUUUCCCUUCUUUUGAUCUUGAGAUAAGGGCUCUCUAUGCAGUUUGGCAGUCCAUCCCAGGAAGGGUGGAUGGGUGCCUGCCAUCUCGUAUGUUUUGCUUGCCUGUGAAGAAAAUGCUCUUGCAUUUCUCAAAAUUGCUUAUCCACUUUGGGGAUACAGAAAAGGCUUCGCUCUGCUACCAAAGCACUUAAAAGCAGUCAUGGGUCCUGUCUCAUUGAAGAUGACAAUAGAUUAAUCUACUGUAGAUCUAAAUGAGGCAGAAUUAUGUGUCUGCUAGGUCAGGUUUCAUUUAUGCUGUGAUUUACUGACUCAGCCAGGUUCAGCUGAGUUCCUAUACUGUUAAGCCAUAAACCAUGGUUCACAAACCACAAUGGCUGGAUUCACACACAUUAAGUCAAAAACAAAGCAAGCACAUUAUGAUUGAAUGUAUUGUGUAAACUAAGCCAUUAUCUAUGUCUUUGAAAAGUAUGUCCAACAGUAAAAAGAAAAAAACGCUAAAAGAUAAUUUAGAUGUAGCAUAGUUGCUGGGCAAGAUGCAAUCAUCUAGUUUACCUCAACGUACUGUUUUCCUUAAGGGCCCACUUUAUUGCUGAGAUGAAUGCCCUAGGCUAUGCUUCCCCAACCUGGUGCUCUCCAGAUGUUUGACUUCCAGAAUUCUCAGCCAACAUAGGCAAUAACUAGGAAUUUCAAGAGCUGAAGCUGGGCUGGACAUUGCAGUGCCAAGUCCUUUACAGGGUGCCAGAUUGGGCAGGGUGGCUUUUAGCCAAGCACUUUGUAAGGGAAAACACUCCGACUGUAGCAGCAUGUUUAUCUCUCCCCUAGCAGACCCUCUCGGGAAGCAUUUCAGCUCCUCCAAAAGCUGCUGCUAUCUAAAUGAGGCAGGUUGGGGUGGCCUGUUUGGUGUAUAGAAUGGCCAUGGACACGAGAGAACAAGCAAAGUACUCUGGGUAUUUGGGAUGUGUUGGAAACAUGUUAGAAACAGCUGUUGCUGAUGAUAAUCCAUGUAGAGCAUGGCCCUCCAGAUGUUCCUCAGCUACAACUCCCCCCCCCCAUCCCUUACCACUGGUCUUGUCGGCUGAGAAGGUUGCUUGGAGUUAUAAUUCAGCAAUAACUGGAUAGCCACAACUUCCCACCCCUGACUUUAGAAGUGUAGAAAGUAGGAGAUUACAAGAAUGAAAAUAUCUGCUAUUAACGUAUGUACGUUCCCUAUUCAUCCAUAGUCAUGCUUCCUGUAAUUUCAGAUCUAACUUUGGAGUUUUUUUCUCUCCAUUCUAUUCAAAUAAUGCUG